UCAGUUAUCACAUCAAUCCUCUCCAUCUCUCCUUCUCCUCUCCUCUCUCUCUCUCAAUUUUGAGAAAAGCAGAAGAUGUUAUCCAUGUCAGUGCAACCAAGCAUAAAGGGCCCUAUUACAAGCCGCCCUUCCUCUGUUUUCAAGAACCUCUCCUCCCCACCCUCAAAAACCUCAUUUUCUGUGAACCCAAGAGUUUCCCAAUUGCGCUCUACUCACCUCAAAUUCAAGCCCGCCGCCGCCGAAGUAGCUCCGGCAGAAACUGCCGCCGAAAUCGUCCCACAACCUCAGUCAGCUGUGAAGCAGCAGACCGUGGGUGGCCCGCAGCUGGUGCUGAAGUUCAUAUGGAUGGAGAAGAACAUCGGUCUCGGGCUAGAUCAGAGCAUACCGGGGCAUGGCUCCGUGCCGCUGAGCCCUUACUUCUUCUGGCCGAGGAAGGAUGCGUGGGAAGAGCUCAAGGCGACUCUAGAGAGCAAGCCGUGGAUCUCGCAGAAGAAGAUGAUCAUUCUUCUCAAUCAGGCCACGGACAUCAUCAAUCUCUGGCAGCAGAGUGGUGGCAAUCUGUCUUGAAUUCGGCACUUCAUGUUGUAAUAUUUUGACUUUGUGAUGUAAUUUUACCUGCUUGACUCUCAAUAGAAAGGGCCCUUUUCAUUGCAAA